GCAGAGCAGCGGCUCUGUGCGCAGCGCUUGUGAAUGGCAGCGGGCGGUGGGUGUGAGAUUUUUCCCAAACCCACCAUCGUGGUUUCAGCGUGUCGGGCACCAUGUCGGGUCGUGGGGUGCAGAGCGGCGAGGCAGAAACAAAAUGCUGUUGGCUCGGAACCUACAUGCAUGUUCUCGUCGUUGGGUUGAUGCUCGUUCUCUGUGCUCCAAUCUUCACACACGUCCAUGUUUCUGCAGAAAGGUGCAAGCCAGAGAACAUUUCAGCCAAAUACCAACACUGUGGGACUCACCAAGAUGGAGUCCAUGAUCUAGACUGUUUCCGUAAAUCCAAGACCGAUGAGAAAUGUACGUGGGAAUCCGGAAAAUAUGGAUCAAAGAGCUACACCUUCAUCUUACAACAAGCAGACAAACCUCAUUGUGUCAUUUACUACAACCUAACCGAACCCAGUCAAAAGCUGAAAAUAUUUGACCUCAACUUUACGGUGGAGGUUAUUGAAAACAAUGCGGGGACGGCGAAUUGCACAAAAGCAGUUUUCAGUGGUUCAAAAAAGACUCUGAAGCGGUCCUGCGGGCCUCCUAACGAAGUGUUGCUGUCUCGCACACCUGGGGCGCUGCAGGUGAACGUGACCUGGCUCAAAGAGGACGGAAAUAACAAGAUCUCUGUGAGAUACAGAGCGCUGGGCAGCCACUCGUGGAACGAGACUGUAGAGUCUCAGCUUCCAAACACAGCCAUGGUGGAGAAGCUAACGCCCUCAUUGGUCUACAUUGUCCAGAUACAGUGUGUGACUACUGCUGAAUGCUCACAGUGUCCACGGAGUAAAAAUUACUACGUCCCAUCAGAGCUUACAACUCGACCCAUCCUUGUCAGCGCCAAAUACACCGAUAUUAUGCAGAAAACCGGCUGCCGGUUGAUUUCCAUAACCUGGAAGUUUCCUGUCAAAGAUCUGUACGACGGCUACAGAGUGACCGUUUGGAAAGAGUCCGGAGAGCCUCCGCAGGCGCAGCUGACCACCUCAGAGCCGGAGAUCAGACUGAUCCUCUCCUACUCGGCGUACCGCCUCAACAUCAGCGCUUACAACAACGCGAGCGUUUCGCCAGCUGCCACCCACGUCAUACCACAGCACACAGGCGCCAACAUUUUGGGAGACAGGAGGCUGAAUGUGACAGUCCACAACAGCACGGCGUUCACGAUCCACUGGAGGCCCGAUCUGAUCGAGAAGUACGUCUGCUACGUGGUGGAGUGGAUGAAACAGGGACACUCGGGAUGGUACCUGUCCUUCUUUGAGGACGCCAUUGCCAGGAAGACCGUUUCCUCUAUAUCAGAACAUUUGGAGCCUUACACCAGGUACAGAGUCACUCUGCAUUUGCGACCAAACAAGAACACCUGCAACAUGAAGUCCAUCAACAACAGUGAGAGCACCUACGGGACUACAGAGUUUUAUCACACUGAAGGAUCUCCUGUCGGCGCCCCAGCAAACGUCAGCUUCCACAACGUGACGCUUAAUUCAGCAGUGCUCCAGUGGUCACAAAUCCCAGAGGAAGACUUGAGAGGGUUCCUGCUGGGUUACAUUAUCUACUACACUGAGCAUCAUUACCAGGAGACGAGCACAGCGCACAAUAUAACGGUGGAUCCGGGUUCUACCAGCUUUCACAUGGAGGCCCUCAAAAGUGGAACGGCGUAUCAAGUCCAGAUAUCUGGUUUCACAUCGGCGGGCGAAGGAAUCCGAAGCAUUCCGAGUGUCUUUAAAACGGAUCCGAAAGUGAAUUUCAGCAUCAGGGUCGCAAUCGCAGCCUUCGUAGUGGUGGUCUGUUUGCUGGUAUUUGGGUCUCCGGUGAUAAAAAGGGUAAAAGCCAUUCUGUGGCCAAGGGUGCCCAACCCUGGACACAGCAACGCAGUGCAGAAAAUAGAGAGUCCCGGACAACUGAAACUCCUGGAGGCAUUAGUGACUCUAAAAGCGGUGGAGGAAUGGGACACGAAGAGUUUCCAGAUUCUAGAGAGGGAAGCCGUGAUCCCGCCUCAGACGUUGUCGUCGAUGCUGCCGCAUGUCAGGACCUGCGAGGACGACAGUCUGGAAAUGGCUCACGCCUGGAGCGAGAGGGACGGAGACAGCGCGGCAGACGAUGAUGACACAACGGACACUUUGCUGGACACACAGAGGACACACUUCCAAAGCUCACCUUUUACCUUUGCAGGCGGUUAUACGACGAUGGAAAUGUUCCAACAGUUCACCCCGCAGUGGAUGACAGAAGGUGGCUCAAACACACCGAGCAUCGAAGGCGAACCGGAGGACUUCACUGCGUUAAAGUCUAUGAGAUUAGACUACGUAAGACAAUUUAGCACCAGUCCACCGUCAGACAGUGAAUUUACACCAGCCCUGGUGUGAACGCCACUUCGGUUGCCUUGAAAGUCUGGUUCGUUUGGGAAGGUGGUCUCUGGUCUGCCUACAAACCUAGGUCUCCGUUCGGUUGAAGUGAACUCUGGUGCGGUUCGAAUCCGUAUGUAAACGCCAAGUGGACCUGAGACGGCUCCAAAAGCAGGAAGCGAACUAUAUCGCUGGGCAUAUAUUACCUAAACAAAUGUGAGAGUUUAGCACUAGCGGGAGUAAUGCCUUGCGGUCUUUUACCAAAGACAGAGGAGGAAUCCUACAGCAGCUAAAUUUUGACUCAAGUCCAUUUUUGUUUACAUUUUACGAAGAAGAAAGUUGCACUCAUGUUUUCUGUGGAGACUUUCCUGUCGUUUUCCCUCAGUGGGAUUUGGUGUAGCGCCACCACAGGCGAGGAGGGGAACAGGUUUUUCAAAGGGUUUGGUUCGUUUGAGCCGAAAAUGUAAAUGUUGCAGUUUUGGUCUACCGGGCUACCAGUUGUGAAAAUUCUGGUCAUUGUUGACAUUUAUUAAAAUGUUUUGUGUGAGAAAUACACACACAGACACACAUUCUUGUACUUUAUCGAUCUGAGGACCUCCAUUCACUUUAUACGUAUGAAAAAUAUUGGAUACUAGGUCCAAAUGCUGUAAACUUCAACAAGCUCUAAGUAGUACAAUAAAUGCUAGUUUACAAUUAGUGACAUGUAGAACAGAAACAACCAGGCAAAACAUCUGAGUGGAAAGUCUCUUUAUUCAGAGUUUUUUCAAUCAAAUAAAACAUCUUAGGUUCAAACCAAAGAGUAAUAUGUACAUACAUCCGAAUAUUUCAAAAACUAUUUUACUGAACCAACAUCAACUCGUCCAAUUUCCCAGCACAAAAAAGUCCUCUCAAAUGCGGAGAAGAUGAGCACAUAAAAAAAGUAAUAAAGUACAUGUUCACAUAUUGGCAGAUGAGCUUGAAACGAUUUAAUUCUGACAUUUGAAGCUCAUUACUUCUGACAGAUGUGUUAAGAAAAAAAGACGUAAACUUUUCAAAAUAGGAACUGGAUCUGUUGCCGUUUUGCCACCAUGUUUGAGCACUCAUAACUACUGCAACACAUUAAAUCACAGAAUAAAAGGAUAAAAACAUCCCAUGAACAGUUAGUCUAUUCCGACAGCCCACAAUACUUUAAUAUAAGAUCUUAUUAGUUUUAUUCGUAAAACAUCCAAAUGAGUCUCAAUAUUUUAUUUGCUUGCUGUACAAUCGUGGUCUAGGCACUUUUUGACCCUUCUGUGCUUCCAUACGGUUUGUUGACCUGCGAGAUUUCAGUUUAUUUUCCCCCAUUUCCAAAAUAAAUAAAAAAAUCAGCCCGUAAACUUUUUUCAGUCAUCUUGUUAACUGAAAAUAUUUCAUCCCUCAGCGUUACGAUAGAAGAAAAAUCAAACAUGGUACACUGAAAUGUUGCUGUGGCAACAUAGAAAUUGACGCAAUGAUAGCUAUGCGAAUGAGGCCUACAGCUAGACAAAAGUUGGGCCAAACACCUGCAACAACAUACUGUCUCAUAAUUAUAGCUCUCUGAGUUAUUAUUCAAUAAUAAUAUCCUGAAGGACAACAGAGUUCCUGGAUGGUGCAGAAAUGAGGCGCAAAAAGCUGGACAAAAGGACACUUCACAAACCUCAGACAGAAAUCCUCUCAAGUGUCCACAAACAAGAAAAAAAAUAAAUAAGCACUUCAGAAACCUGUUUUCUUUAGCCUUGUAGAAAAAAAGUCUUCAGUCCAGUUUACAUCCUUACAGGAACAGGAAGGUCCUCACACUUCUAGCGCUAACAAGUCAUACGCCUGUGUUUCUCCGAAUCAGCUAGAUGGGGGAAGCUUCCGUUGCAGCCACACCACUUUCUUCUGGUUAUUUAUUUAGUUUUUAACAUUUAUGGUAAAAGUUGGCCGUUUUUAGUUAAAUUAAGUUUUUAUGUUUCUUUUUUUAUUCUACAAUUUUGCACAUCCUUUUUGUUUGAAAAGGUCUGGAUCAAACCAUUCUUUCCCUCCUCACCUUUAAACAAUCACUUAA